AUGAGAGGACCAGAGAGCAUCCUGAAGAGGAGACUGUCCAUGAAGGCAUGUGGAGAUAUUGCAUCUCCCCAGAGCCCACCCACAUCACCAUUCCAGGCUCCUUCUCCACCUCAGCCACCAUCCGAGCCUCAGCCAGAGCCAGCUUACUCCAUCCAGAGUGCUCCUGGGACAUUUGGAGAUCCUACUGAGGUUUAUCGGGUGCGCUUUUUGUAUGACUACUUUGCAGCCAAGAGGAUGUCCAACUUUCCUCUGAAGCUUUUAGCUUUGCGCCAGGCUUUCACUAUUGUUCUGAGCAACAGCCAAGAUUCAAAAUGUGUAAUCAUUGCGGGCAAAGUCUUUCUGGGAGGACUUGCCACUCGAAAUGCCAGGAGGCGUCCAGCUUUCCAUCCAGCAUAUAACUUCCUGGUGGCUGUUCAGGAUGCUUCCCAUCAGGAAGCUAUUUGCACAGAGCUGGCACAGAUUGGAAUCCAGCACUUUAGCUUUAUAGAUAUUGUCUAUGAGCUGGUGCUGAUGAGAGCGCUGCAAGGAGCGAGGCCUCCGAUCUUUCCAACACCAGGAGGUUUUCUUGGGCACCUGAUGGCCAUGGUUUUCUCCUUCAGUCCUGUCAGUACAGAGGGGAGGUCUAGGGCUGAGCAAUAUCUGUUCCUGCUCCAGGAUGAGGCCCUGCUCCUUUUGGAUGACAUCGUUGGUGGGGAGGAGCAUGUUUAUCAGGAUCCUCGAUCUCUGGCUCUGGCUCUGUGGAACUGUUUGGAGAAGCAUGUUCAGCAGCUCUUGUUGAGGCUCCAGGCUGCAUAA